AAUAUCAACAACGCAAUGAGUCUAUUAUACAUGAAAAAAAUACAUUAAUAUCUCAUGAGACAACAGAUUUAAACGUAUCCUGAACGAUUUCGCAGCUGAUUGUCAGAAUGUCAGUGUAACUAUAUAAGAUUGUCACUGUCAAAUUUGAUUAACUCUAAUAGCUCUGCAUUGUUUGCGUCAUCCAUCUCAACAUUUUUUAAGCCAAUGUUUUGAUAACUAUAUCGGAGGGCUUUGAUGAAAAUAAAAAUAAUAAGUGCUUCAACAUUAUUCGGCGGAUAUUGUGUAGUGGGGUGAUUUUACGUAACGCAGGUGUACGUGAGUCGGUGGCACCGGUACCGCAGCAGCAGAGAGCGAGCGUGCGAGUGAGCGAUGGUGGAGGCGGCGAAGCGCGAGGAGGCGGGCUGGGCGCGCGCGCUGGCCGAGGCGGCGCCCGCGGGCGCCGAGGCGUCGGUGCCGGACGCGGCGCUGGGCGCGCUGCUGGACGACGCCGACGCCACCGACGGGGAUGCCGAGCUUUGGGUGCGCCGGCUCGGCGAGCGCGUGGGGCGGCUGGACGCGCUGAACGUGGGCGGCAUGCUGGCGGCGGCCACGGAGGGCGGCGGCGCGGGCGCGCGGCUGGCGGCGCGGCUGGACGCGGGCGGCGCGGCGGCGGCGGCGUUGGCGGCGCGCCUGGCGCGGCUCGACGCGCUCGCCCGCGCCGCGCCCGCCGCGCUGCACGCGCGCUCCGGCGCCGCGCGCGCCGACUCCGCCGCCCGCAUGCUGCUGCAAGAGCUCACCGAGAUCUACGCCUGGCUCGACGCGCCGCCGCUGAGGGAUCUCGACUCCAUUUCUGAGAUCUCGCUGGCGGGGGCGGAGGGGCGCGCCGCGCUGGCGGCGGGCGCGGCGCUGCGGACGGCGCUGCGCGCGGAGGCGGGCAUGGCGCCGGCGCGGCGGCGGCUGGGCGCCGUGCGCGAGCGCCUGCGCCGCCUGCAGCGCGCCAAGGACGCGCUCGCCGCCGCGCUCGCCCGCCACCUCAACAACCUGCUCAUUCAUCUCGGCAACGAGGCGGCGUCGGCGCCGGCGGCGGGCGCGGCGGGCGCGGCGCGCGCGCACCACGCCGACCUGCUGCCGUACGCGCCCUUCAUGCGCUGGCUCAAGGACAUGGACGAGAAGGCCUACGACGCGCUCACCAAAGUGUACGUGGGCACGUGGUCGCGCGUGUACGAGCGCGAGGCGCGCGCGGCGUGCGAGGCGGCCCGCGCCGCGCCGCCGCCGCCGCACGCCGCCGCCGCCGACACGCCGCUCGACGCCGUGCUGACGGUGGUGGAGAACAUUUGCAACGCAGAGCAAGACUUCUGCUCACAGUUCUUUUUCCUGGACGUCGAUGUCAAGAGCGAGGGCAGCGACGGCGGCAGCGAGGCGAGCGAGGAGGCGGCGGCGCGGCGCGGCGCGGGCGCGGAGGCGCGCCGCAUGAUGGCCGAGCUGUUCCCCGCGCUCGAGGCCGAGCUGCUGGCGCUCGUGGCGCACCUCGAGCGACAACCCUACGGAGCCAUGCGCGCGCUGGCGUGCGUGGGCACGCGCGUGCUGGGGGAGGGCGGAGGGGGGGAGGGCCGCUGGGCGCGCACGGCGCUGGCGGCGGUGGCGGUGGCGGCCAAGCGCGGCGCCGACCGCGUGGUGGCCGAGCGCCUCGCCGCCAUGCCCGACGCCGCCAAGCACGCCGCCAAGCGCCCCAAGGCGGGCCUGCUCGAUUUCCUGUCGGAGUUCGAGGAGCUGAGCUCGGUGUGCGAGGGCAUCUUCGGGCGCAGCGGGCGGCGCGCCGACCUGGAGCGCUGGUACGCGGCGCUGGGCGGCGCCAUGCUGGCCGCCGUCGCCGCCGCCGACCACCCGCGCACGCCGCGCCCCGUGCUGCGCCUCGAGAACUACCACCGCCUGCACGCGCUGCUCGCGGCGCGGCGUGCGCCGGCGCUGGACGCGUUGCGGCGCGAGGCGCGCGCGCGCUACUCGGAGGCGCUGCGCCAGUACGUCACGCAGUACUUCGGCCGCCCGCUCGACAAGCUCACGCAGUUCUUCGAGGGCGUGGCGGAGGCGGUGGCGGGCGGCGCGCGCGAGGAGGAGGUGUGCUACCGCGCCGCCUUCAGCAAGCACGAGCUGCGCCGGCUGCUCGCGCUGUACCCCGCGCCCGAGGUGCGCCGCUCGCUGCACCGGCUCUACCGCACCGUGGAGAAGCACCUCAGCGAGGAGGGCGGCCUGCUGCAGGUCGUGUGGCGCGCCAUGCAGGAGGAGUUCCUGCAGCAGCACCACGCGUUGCAGGCGCGCAUCGCGGCGUGCUACCCGGGCGCAGGGCUGGCGCUGCCGCUCACCACGCAGGACAUCCUCGACGCCUUCUCCGACAUCGCGCGCGAGCACUGACCGUGACCGGUGACCACGCAGUACAACACUCACCACACAACAACAGCAGGACACUCCCGGCAUCGCGCGCGAGCACUGACCGUGACCGGUGACCGCGCAGUACAACACUCACCACACAACAACAGCAGGACACUCCCGGCAUCGCGCGCGAGCACUGACCGUGACCGGUGACCGCGCAGUACAACACUCACCACACAACAACAGCAGGACACUCCCGGCAUCGCGCGCGAGCACUGACCGUGACCGGUGACCGCGCAGUACAACACUCACCAUCACACAACAACACGCAGCACGCAGGUGACGCAGGACACUCGGCAUCGCGCGCGAGCACUAGCUGUCACCGGCCACCGCACAACACGUCGCUGCAGCCCUGCGCUCAACCCAGGCCCCAGGAGGACUCAUGGGGAUCAUGGUCCCAUAGCGGAACAAGUUUGUAUCAGUCUGUAUUUUUUGAGUGGCAUGAAUGACACUCUCCACUAAUGUUAUCCUUUAAGUAUUCUGCCUGCAUUACAGUUAUUGUAAAUCAUAGACAUCUAGAAAAAAUGUAUUUAUAUUUAGUGUUAAGUAUUUUAUUAUUCAUUAAUUAUACAAUAUAUUUACUCUUUUCCAA